CAGAGGCUUUUAAAACAUAUCAAUAAUGUAAUAAUAAAAGACUAGACAGAAGCUUUUAUGCUUUGUUGACAAAGUUCUGCUUGGGAUUAGUUGGUUGGCAAGGAAGGAAUACUGAGAUUCUCUUUUAGUGGGGGUUUGGUUACUUGGUUCCGACUUCCGAUGCUUGUGGGGCUCUGGACUUAUCAUUUCAUUUGCUCUAUUUUGGUUGCAGAUUACCUGCAUUUUCGUUUUCCUUUUGGAUACUGCAGUAGACUAGUAGUUGUUGCAUCAAUAGAAAUCUAUCUUUUUUGCAUGGGAACUGGUUCCUGCAGUUGGGUUCUUUCAGUGAUACUGUGUUGUUGGGUCCUCUUCCUUUCUGGAGUAAACCCUGGGGACAAUUUAAAUGGGGCCCGUAAGGUUAGAGGUGUGAACCUGGGAGGAUGCCAGGAUGGUUGGUUGUGGAAGGAAGGAUUAAACCUUCUCUGUUUGAUAGUAUCCACAAUGGAGAUAUGCUUAGACAUUUGAAGAAUGCCAUCUGAGAAAGACAAGAAGAAGAAGAAAUGGAGGAGUUUACUGACCCAAGGUCAGCUUGCUUGUUUUGAAGACGCAAGAGAUAACUGCAACUUUAAGUGCUUGUAUAGUAAGGCACUAGGACAUGAUGGUUGAUGUAAUCAUAUAAAAGUUUGUGUGGAAACACUUACAGUUGUGGACAAAAAAUCAUUGUCUAUUGCCAAAUUUGUUAUCAUUUUCUCA